AGUGGCUGCGUCCCAGGACAGCUGGAAGGUUAGGACACUCUUGCGGUCCUAGAGUGGAGUGGAAGGUCUGGAGCUUUGGGAGGAGACGGGGAGGAAAGACUGGAGGCGUGUUCCUCCGGAGUUUUCUUUUUCUUGCGAGCCCUCGCGCGCGCGUACAGUCAUCCAGCUGGCCUGGCGAUUGUGGAGAGUAGGUGGAGAGGCUUCAUCCAUCCCACCCGGUCGUCGCCGGAGACUGGGGACUCACUGAGACCUCCCCCGGAGAAGCAGUGCCCAGGAAGUUUUCUGAAGCCGGAGUCGCUGUGCAGCCUGAGCCGCCGCCGCGCCGGAGCCCGGGACACCGGCCACCCUCCGCGCCACCCACCCUCGCCGGCUCUGGCUUCCUCUGGCCCAGGCGCCGCGCCUACCCGACAGCUGUCUGCGGCCGCCGAGCUCCACAGUGAAAAAAAAAGUGAAGGUGUAAAAGCAGCACAAGUACAAUAAGAGAUAUUUCCUCAAAUCUGCCUCAAGAUGGAAACCCUUUGCCUCAGGGCAUCCUUUUGGCUGGCACUGGUUGGAUGUGUAAUCAGUGAUAAUCCCGAGAGAUACAGCACAAAUCUAAGCAAUCUUGUGGAUGAUUUCACCACUUUUCGUGGCACAGCACUCAGCUUCCUGGUUACCACUCAUCAACCCACUAAUUUGGUCCUACCCAGCAAUGGCUCAAUGCACAACUAUUGCCCACAGCAGACUAAAAUUACUUCAGCUUUCAAAUACAUUAACACUGUGAUAUCUUGUACUAUUUUCAUCGUGGGAAUGGUGGGGAAUGCAACUCUGCUCAGGAUCAUUUACCAGAACAAAUGUAUGAGGAAUGGCCCCAACGCGCUGAUAGCCAGCCUUGCCCUUGGAGACCUUAUCUAUGUGGUCAUUGAUCUCCCUAUCAAUGUAUUUAAGCUGCUGGCUGGGCGCUGGCCUUUUGAUCAAAAUGAAUUUGGCGUAUUUCUUUGCAAGCUGUUCCCCUUUUUGCAGAAGUCCUCAGUGGGGAUCACCGUCCUCAACCUCUGCGCUCUUAGUGUUGACAGGUACAGAGCAGUUGCCUCCUGGAGUCGUGUUCAGGGAAUUGGAAUUCCUUUGGUAACUGCCAUUGAAAUAGUCUCAAUCUGGAUCCUGUCCUUUAUCCUGGCCAUUCCUGAAGCAAUUGGCUUCGUCAUGGUACCCUUUGAAUACAGGGGUGAACAACAUAACACCUGUAUGCUCAAUGCCACAUCAAAAUUCAUGCAGUUCUACCAAGAUGUAAAGGACUGGUGGCUCUUUGGGUUCUAUUUCUGUAUGCCCUUGGUGUGCACAGCGAUCUUCUACACCCUCAUGACUUGUGAGAUGUUGAACAGAAGGAAUGGCAGCUUGAGAAUUGCCCUCAGUGAACAUCUUAAGCAGCGUCGAGAAGUGGCUAAAACAGUUUUCUGCUUGGUUGUAAUUUUUGCUCUUUGCUGGUUCCCUCUUCAUUUAAGCCGUAUAUUGAAGAAAACCGUGUAUAAUGAGAUGGACAAGAACCGAUGUGAAUUACUUAGUUUCUUGCUGCUCAUGGAUUACAUCGGUAUUAACUUGGCAACCAUGAAUUCAUGUAUAAACCCCAUAGCUCUGUAUUUUGUGAGCAAGAAAUUUAAAAAUUGUUUCCAGUCAUGCCUCUGCUGCUGCUGUUACCAGUCCAAAAGUCUGAUGACCUCGGUCCCCAUGAAUGGAACAAGCAUCCAGUGGAAAAACCAUGAUCAAAACAACCACAACACAGACCGGAGCAGCCACAAGGACAGCAUGAACUGACCACCCUGAGAAGCACUCCUCGGGUACUCCCAUAAUCCUCUCAGAGAAAAAAAAUCACAAGGCAACUGUGACUCCGGAAAUCUCUUCUCUGAUCCUUCUUCCUUAACUCACUCCCACACCCAAGAAGAAAUGCUUUCCAAAACCACAAGGGUAGACUGGUUUAUCCACCCACAACAUCUACGAAUCAUACUUCUUUAAUUGAUCUAAUGUACAUAUUCUGGCGUGUUGUAUUCAGCACUAAAAAAUGGUGGGAGCUAGGGGAGAAUAGAGACUGUUAAAUGAAAAUAGAAGGACAUUUACUACUUUUGCAUGAAAAUAGAGUUUUCAAGUACAUGGCUAGCUGUUAUGGCAGUUCUGGUAAAUGUUCAAUGGGAGCUGGUCACCAUGAAAUGUUAAGAGAUUAUGACAAGAUUUUCUACUUUUUUUAAGUGUUUUUUUUUUUCCUUCAGCCAAACACAGUAUGGGCUCAAGUCACUUGUAUUUGAAAUGUCAUUUGGUACCAGUAUUUUUGAACUGCCUAAUAGCCUAACAUGAUUAUUUGAACUUAUUUACACAGUUUG